AUGGCGACAACCGUAACCGUCGAGGCUGUUCGCCUCGUAGAGGUGCCGAAAUACCACGAACGGAAUGACCGCAACCCAAAACCCCACGAUGUGUCGACGUUCAUCAACUACUACCGUGAUCCAGGCGAUGGAACUCCUCCAAUGCCAAUCAGAAUCUCCGACAAAACAGUGAAGAACGAGCGCCCAACAAUAGCCCAACGCACGAUUAUCCACGACAUCACAGGAGAAGAAGACAAGUACACCCUCGACGCGAACGGCUUCCAGUUCUGCCGCCGCGAGACCCAGCUGCAGGCCGCAGACUUCCACGACGCAGACAAAGUGCAGACAGACUACUAUCCCGAAUCGGCACAACUGCUCAAGGACAUCACCGGAGCCCCCCGAGUCGUAGUAUUCGACCACAAGACGCGGUCCGGGCCGUCGAACUGGCACAAGCUGGGCGAAGGCAACCGCCAGACGCGCGGGCCGCUGCUCCGCGCGCACGUCGACCAGUCGUACGACGGCGCCGAGCUGAUCCUCCGGAAGUAUUCUCCCGACGACGCGGACGAGCUCAUGAAGCGGCGGUACCAGAUCAUCAACAUCUGGCGGCCCGUCAAAACAAUCUACAAAGACCCCUUAGCCGUAGCCGACGCCAGCUCCGUGCCGGACUCGGACCUGCUCGCGGCGGCGAUCGUGUACCCGAGCGGCAAGAAGGACGAGACGUGGACGAUGCUCCCCAACGCGGCGAACCGGUGGUACUUCAAGUACGCGCAACGGCCGGACGAGGUGCUGCUGAUCAAGUGCUUCGACUCGCUGGAGAGGGACGGGCUGGCGCGGCGGGUGCCGCACUCGGCGUUUGAGGAUCCUGAGAUGAAGGACCGGGAGGAUCGCGAGAGCAUCGAGACGAGGGCUUUGUUAUUUUACAAGGAUUGA